CUCGGAUUUUAUCCCAAAGAUCCUUGUGCCUGGCAACACCUCUGGACGCGAUCUGACACUCAUCUAUCCCUAAUAGUCAUUGACAACUCUGCCCGUAGCGUAGGCGAGCAUCUGCAGCUAGAGCUCAGAGGAGAUCACUUGUCCUGCCAGCUCAAUAUGCCGAGCUAUACGCCUGGACUCGAAUGGCCGCGGUCUGAUGGGGACCAAACCACCUGGCCAUCAGGAGACGAGCUUAAACCGUCGACCAGUAGCAAUUGGUGGAAGAAGUGUGAGGCCCCUCAUGACAAGAUCGAGUUGUACGAGGCGAAGAUUGGCAAGCUCGUUGCCGAUAAGCUUGGAAUCAAGGCCGCUUCGUACCGCAUGCCAUUACCGCCUGGAUACGCCUUAUUUGAGCAUCACAAGCCGCAGCCGGGUGGAGGAGAGCGUGUAGACACUUACCUGAGAGGAUGCCCGCACAUUGGCAGGAGACAGUUCCGAAGUACGAACGAAUUCCAGCCUCAUGUGCUUUGGCUGAUGGACACCUCUAAACCACUUGGGGAUCAUACUACGUGCGCAUGUAUCUAUAACAAUUCAUCGGAAGCAGCCAAGGCGAAGAAAGCGGGUCAUGGCACAGGCACACCCACUGCUGGUGUCAAGCGACCUGCGGGAGGAGCGUCACCGACCAAGAGGCAGAAAAAGGCGGCCACGGACCCAGUAGACGAUGAAUUUGACGGCAAAAGCGGAAUCAUACCUGAGCGAGCAUUAGACAUGAAGACUCAUCGACGAUUCCGCAAAGGAGAGCUCGUUUGGUUCAGAGUACAGACCAUCAAUCCGCCCGCCUCCGCUUCGUCCACCUCCUCCUCCAAAACUUCCCUUCCACCUAUCACUCACUGGCCGGGUCUCGUAGCCAACAUUGUCACCAAGGCGAGAUCGGAUCCAUCCGCAGCGAAUGUUGCGGGUGCGUCUUUGUCAACAGCGUGGUCAAUCGUAGGCGGCAAAGUCCCUGAGGCUUUGCAAACAGCUCGAACCACUUACACAUACGAAUAUCAUGUGAGACCGCUUGGUCUGUUCAACCCAGCUAGUGAGGUCGUGGAGACCAGUGACAACCUAUUACCGUGGGCUAUGGGGAAAGAGCUGCUGGGCGGACCGAAAGGCUGGGAUAUGCUGGGGAAGGAAGGGACGAGGAUUCUGCAAGAAGGUGUAGCUAAGGAAUUGGAGCAGGACAAGCUGAAUGGUGUCAGCAUGCCGACUGAUGAGCAAGGCUGGGACGAGCGAUGGAGGAACAAUUGGGCACAGAGGUGGGGAUUCAAGGAGAAACCGCUGGCAUGGGAUUUGGCUGCAUUCCGCUUGUCUUUGGGUCUGAAGAUUGCAGUGAACAUCACCAACUGCUGGACUCAGACGGACAAGAUUGACCUGAUACCUGGAGCGGACAUCAAUCCAGAGGAUCUGCAAGCGAUUACUGCUCAGCGGAAGACAUUGUAUCAGGGUCUCUGGUGGGGCGGAGAGAGAUUGUGGCUGGAGGAUAUGGUCAGGUUGAAGCGGAAGCGUGGCGACUUGCCCUCGGAAGAUCUGGGAGAACCUUCUGAAGCAGGAGCUUUGGGCAGAGCGGUCAUGUUCAAGAUCAGGAUGAUCACUUUGGAGAUAUCGCCAGAUUCAACUCCGGAACAGCACUCAUGGCGGUGCUUGCUGUAUGGAGAUGUCUUUGAGGUUGUCAACUAUCAGAGUGACAAGCCAGCCACAUGGGUCAUUGCCCAGAAUGGCACAGAGGAAUCUCUGACCUUGACGCAUCCCGCUGCGAAAGGCUACUCCUAUCAUCAAUUGAAUGACGCUGGCUCAGAGGUCACUGUGGAUAUCAUGGACGUCGCUGGGCGUAUAUAUCACGAUUUGCUAGAACCUACGACACAGAAAUGGUUUACCUCUACAUCCUUGUCGAAUGAGUCCAACAGAACUCGAACGCCCCCGGGUGAUGUCGCACAAGCCUUGGCCGGACUCAAACCUGGAUCGACAGUUGAGAGCAAGUCUGAAAGGUGGAAGGAGGAUCUCUUCACCAUUGUCACCCAGUCCAACAAGCUUGCCGAGAAUCAGAUGAGGAAGUUCUACAUGCGAUUGGUCAAUCCAGCCGUGGCAACCACAAAUACCGCCGCUGCGAACGGAGGCGUGACGGAUGGCGACGUCGCGAUGAGAGAAUCAACGAAUGGAGCUGGUGCCAGCCAGUGAGGCAGACUCAGUGCGAAGCGCUCCGCUACCGCGUCAAGCCGAAGAAAGGCGCGACCGUGAUGAGAAGAGGAAUGUGAGGAUGCGAAAGAGCGCCGGAAAGGAGUACAUAUUCUGUCAGAUACCGUACCGAAAUCACCUCACUGUUCAUCACGAAUCCCGAGUCAUGACAUCCAAAUGAUACGCCC